CCGGAUAAAGCAGAGCAUGAUUCAGUCUCAGUACACACAACGCCUCGCUGUUACUUAUAUGUGCUUGACGGACUCCGAGCUCAACAGAUAAACCUGACAGAGAGGAGAGGGAAGUGGAUGAUCUGACAACGACGGAGAAGUUAAUCGAUUAUUUUGUCUCGUUUACUGACAGUCAGAAACAGUUUUUGGGAAAAGGUGCAUGGUAUCAGACGCCGACCUGACGGGACUCUGCGGUUCACCUGAGACGCACGACGACAUCGUUUGCAUGAAACUGUGGCCAGAUAAAAGCAGUGGAUGCAACUACGCUCCAUUUAUAGAAGAAAGGUGGAAGAGUGGGAGAAGCCCUGAAGAGGACCAGCUGACCAUCAGCAGUCACACCUCAGCGAAAACGUCCCCCAAAUCCAGCCUGAAAAUGUCGCUCAGCACUUUCCACCUCAUGCAGACCCUCAAGAACUCCCCUGCUGCGCUGCGUCGCCGCUUUCGCCGUGACCGGACGGAGUCUCUGUCCCACGGUGACCCCCUUUUCAAGGUCCACUAUCUGGGAACGGAGAAAAUCUUCUCUCUGGAUCGAGAGCAGGCCCAGGACGCUAUUAGCCACUUGCUGGAGGGUAUUGCUAACGGGAAGAAGCUGAGCAAGGAUCACGCCCUGGUGGUGCGUCCAAGAUACGUUGAGGUCAAGGAACUGAGUACGGGUCGGCAGCUCACAAAGACAUACCUGCAGGACAUUGCAUACUGCGCUGCAGAUGCCAACCGACCCAAUGUCUUCCUGUACAUCUGCAAGCAUCAAGGGCAGCAGCUGCAGUGUCGGGUGUUCUGGUGCAGCCGGGCCGAGCGGGCGCGAGAUAUGACGGCCUGUCUGGCGCACUCAUUCCAGCGAGCGCUGAGCGACUGGCAGCAGGACGGCUCGGCCACAUUGCUGCCAGGAGAAAUGAAGGGGAAACGUGAAAACGAGUCAUCCAACACUGCUGCCAACAAGAGCUCUACGCUUCCUGCCAGUCUGGGAAAAGUUCAGUGGAAGAAGAGAGGCUCUGUGUCACGCAGCCCCCUCAGGGCCAUCACUAGGAGAGGAUCUGACUGCGACAGCUGGAACUGAGCCCCUGCUUUAACCCUUCAAACACGGGCCCAUGUAAACCUGAUGACAACCUCAAGGAUGACAGCACUGACGGGAGGGAGGGAACAAUUACAAGACAGACAGGAAGGACAGAUGGGAAGAAACUGGGAAGGGGGGAAAGUCCAUAUUUGGAUGCAUGAGGAUUCUGCUUGUGAGAGGAUGUUGCCGUAAUCAGUGAGUGUAUGGACUUGACGGUGUUUUGACGCAGCAAAGUUUUGCAAGAGUAGCGUCCACAACGCAAGAUGUUGUUGACCGUGCCUUUGUUCAUGUGACAACCUCUAUGUGAGGACUUGUGACUGGCUGCGAGUCAUUUGAUGACCGGACUGGUUCAUCUCUAUGGCUUCUUUAUUUUUGGUUGGCUUGUUUGUUUAAGUAGCUGUUAUAUGAAGCCACCAAAUGUUUGGCCAGUUGGAAAGAGACAAUCAAACCAACAAACCUUGGGAUGUUGGCAAAACUGGAAAAAGACAAGUCUUUAUUUUUGAGGACUUUUUAAAAAUGUUUUAUUUUCUGACAUUUGUGACAGGUCAUGAUGUUUUUUUUAACCCUGUGGCACUAGCAAGCAUCCUUCUCUUUAUUUUUGAUUAUGAUGGAGAAAACCACACUCAUGACCCCAUGUUUUGAAAUUCAGAGAGAAAAACAAGCAUGUCCUACAGAAGUAAAACUGAUGAUAGUCUGUGUUGUACAUUAAUGCAGCUACUUACAGUUCGUCAUUUCUGAGCACUUUCUAAAUUUGAGUUUCCAGCUGUUAAAUUCCACAUCUGAACACAUCAAAGUUCCUUUUUCAGCAGGAAUAUCUACUCAAAUCAAAGGUUUGAUCAUUUCUUACUUCAUUUUAAGAGGUCAUUACUUUCCAUUAAUUUUAUGACAGGCCCAGCUGCAUUAUAAAUGAAAAAACAGACCCUUGUGGAACUUGCAGGGUAAACAAAAUCCUCCCCUUAUGCACACAGCAGCAUCCUGCAAAAAAAAAAAAAAAAAAAAAUCCAAACAGAUCCUGACUGUCCACAGCGAUAAAUCAUUUGCAUUUAUGUGGAAAAAAACACUCAGCCACAACUUGCUUAUGUUCGAACAGUGGGAACGCUGUGUUCCCUUUUUGCGGAGCCUCUUUGCGUGGAAUGCGCCAUCAUGCACCUGCAUUCCAAUUUAGGGGAAACCUGAGGUCAAGAAUUUUCUCAAAAUCCCCCCAUAUGGCCCCCUCCCCUUAUCCAACCAUGACUUUGCAUACUGAGUGGCCUCAUUAGUAAAUGCUACAGUGUGCUUUUAACUCUGAGCCCCGACUUGUUCACAUUACCAAAGCCAUAAAAGGUGCCCUAACUGCU